AUGGUUGCUGUUCGCGAGUUUAAGCCCGCACCAUUGUUGUUUCAAGGUCCGUUAUACACUGAGCAUGAGGACUUGGACGAUGCAUCGCAUCCCGUGGAUGCGUCAAACGAAAGUUCAUUUGUAUCGCUCAAACUCUUGCGUUGCGGAGCGAACCGUCCUCCCGUGCUGUUAAGAGCUACUCGAGGUGGGGAUGUUUCAGUUUUAAUUGGAAUGGAGAAUGUUGAGGCGCAAUGGUUCAUCACCUCCGAUCCACACUCGACUAGCUCGGAGGAAUUGCUUGAGACCAACGAAGAUUACGCCGAAUGUGCGAGAACCGUGGCCCCAUCAUUGCUUUGCUUUGAACAUUUCCGCUUUGACAUGCCUGUAAAACUGGUUCCUGUUGGGCAGAAGACAGAUGCUGAUGCUCUUUACGCAGUCACACGGUAUACUGUUUUCUCCGUGCGCUUGUCCUUCAUUUCUGCUCUGGCAGAUGCAGCAACGCUGGAGUCAACCCCGAGAAGCUUGGUCUCUCAGAUACUUUCAGUGUGGAAACCUGGAUUGGCUACCGACCGUCCUGAAAAGGAGCACACUGUGCUAGGUCUGACACCGUUUUUCGCUCGAGGCGAGGGUCCAGUUGCUCUUGUGCUCUGCUCAAACGGCACACUGCACGCAUCUGAUCCAUUAACAUGGAUGAAUGACUUUGAAAAAGUAUGCCCGGGUUCCUUGCUCGGACCAGAGCUUGACUCGGAGGUCACAUGGGGCAACUCGCGCCCGUUUACAGGAAGGGCAGCAUUUGCGUUCCCUGACUCUGGUAAGGAGAUGAUGGAAAUACUUCAUCGUAUCCAGACUCUCCAAGGCACCAGUGGCGGCAGAGUAACCGCAGGGACUCUUGGUGUCGUUGGAAACGUCCAUUCUCAAUCUUCCGUGCUUGAAUAUCUCAGGAAGCGAGUUGAGGUAUGCACGGGUGGAUUGGAUGGACCGGGGAUCGGAGAUAGCUGCAGCUCUUUAAAUACUGUCCUAGGAGAUUGGUCCGUCGAUUUGCAGACGCGUUCGAGACUUCAUAUUGAUGAUGUGGAUAAAUUGCAGACGGCUUUGUCGGACAUCGAAAGAUCGGGGAUUAUUCUACAAGGAAAAUGUUUGAGGGUUGAAGAGGGAAACAUUAUGCUUCGCGAAAGGAUCAGAGUACUCAUGAAGAAGAUCCAGCAGGGUUCGUCACAUUUAAGUCCCGUUGAAAGGGCGCGUUAUACGAAGUUGAAAGAGAAGAAGCAUAGACUUGCAAGUUUGAGGAACAGGAUUUCGGAGCUGGAGAGUGCAUCUCAAGCUCGUAAGGCGCCCGUCUGGAGGGAUGGAGAGGGCGUCUUGAGCACGCCCCGACAAGGAUUUCAGUCUCCCUAUGGAACGUCCAUCACGAGCAACAAGCUCCAGUCGCCAUCUCGAUCAUCAACAAGAUCAAAACGGUGGUCUGCAAGCCCCUCCUGGCGCAGCAAAGGGAGCCCAACAAUGCAGAGGGGAGCCGAAUUCUCACCCACAAGCGACCAAACAGAUCUUACACGAGAGGAAGUCAAAAUGAUCAAGGAAACUCUGGAGAAACACAGCAAGGAUAUAGGAGAUGCCAUGGAUCUGAGUACCAAACUCUGGCAGCGCCUAUCUGUGCAGUGAUUCUAUGUCUUUGCUUUCUUGCUGAUAAGGAUGGAGGCACUUUCAGAGACGAGUUUGUCUUCAUGGCGCGUUGUUCCCGGCACCAAAUAGAAUUGCCUCCAUGCACAGCACUCUGCAUGUGACCGUCUUGGCGUACUUUAGUCUGCCUGGUGUCGGAGAUACUCAUGCACGAGGCCGAGCAGAAUGAGUACCGCUGCAUCUGUUCGCAGAAUGCGAUCUCCUAACGUAACAGGUUCAAACCCGUGAUCCUGCGUAAGCAUGGCCACUUCUCUCGGCAUCCACCCACCUUCUGGACCCACAGCCAAUACAACAUGCGAAGUCGGACCAGCCAAGUUGGAAUCUUGUGCUCCGCAGCCCUGGAAUAUUGAUGAUGGUGAUCCCGGCUCGGCUAUCAAGAGACAAGAACCUGGCUUAGAAACUUGCUGCAAUCGAUCCUCAAGAAAAAUGCGCAGUCGACGUUCUAUUGUCACGCAUGGUAGCUGGCAGUCAAUGCCGGAUUGAGCAACUCCCUCGAGAAGUAGAGUUCUGACCUCUUCCGGUCUUCUCAGCAGAGUUGAAUCAAAAUAGCACCUUUCCACCUUUGAUUCGAGGCGACAUCGCGAUUGCACGACAGGCACGCAAUUUGUAAAGGUUAGACUAACUUUUGUACAGCCAA